AGCAGCCAUGAGCAAACCAACAGACGAUCCUCCGCUGAUCAUUGAUCCGGAGCAUGAGUUGUUUUUUGCGGGUCCCUUCAAUCAGCCCAUUGUCACAAUUUUGACCCUACGCAACAGCUCGGAGGCGCCACUGGCCUUCAAGAUCAAGACAACCGCACCAAAGCGCUACUUUGUACGUCCAAGCAUUGGCCUGAUUCCGCCCCUUCGGUCGAUCCACGUGGGGAUCUGCCUGCAGCCCUUCAACCACGAUCAGCAGCAGAAGACAGACACUUUCCUAGUGCGAAGCGUCCUCGCACCGACGAAUGCCGAUCUGACCGAUUUGAAUGGCUUGUGGAAGGAGCUGGAGCUGGAGCCGCAAAAGCUAUGGGAUGCCCAGCUGAAGUGCGUAUUCGAAAAGUCCAGGUGCAUUUCCGUAGGCGGUGCGGCCUCCAUCGUCCGUCCCGCCAACGCCGAGACGAAGGAGGCGCUGCUGGAGACCAACAUUGAACUACGAACAGAGAAUCUGCACUUGAAGAUUCUGCUCGAAAACUACCGCAACUCGUUGAUCCUCAAGACACCGUCCGAGGACUAUAUCUCAGUGCCGGCUGAGAAAAAGAGGCCGUUCUUGUAUAUUGUAAUUUUCUUUGUUUCGGCCAUACUGGGUUUCUUUUUGAGCAUAUACUUGCCCUGAAUAGGA